UCGCCGCGGCGUGGUGUUGGCAACGCAGGCCGCACUUUGGUCGAGCUGGAGGCGAAUUACGAGGACGGGUCGUGAGAAGAUUGUGCCAAGACAACAUGAAGCGCACCUGAAUUUAUGGCGACCCGGGAGGAGAAAGAAGCAGCUCUUCAGAAGCAUCAGUUCGAAGUUCUUCUGAAGAAAAUUCAGUCGGAAGCCACUCUCGGUAGAGUCCGGAAUUUGCACCCCGGCAGACGACACAAGCUCAAACAUAAAUUGGAGAAAACUUACGAGGAGAAACUCUCCGAACCCCCGGACCAAAAGAAAGAGCCGCCUGAAAUGCUCUGGAAAGUGUACGAUGAAAAGGAAGAGAUCAAAAGGGCAGAGAAGAUGAAGAGGGUGCGAGCAUUAGCAGGAAAAUAGCGUCCGCCAUAGCUGCAGAGAAUGCGUGCCACCAAUCGAAAGGUCGUUCUGGGUCUGGAUGCUCCUUGACAGAGUAGACAAAGACCAUGACUCGGUAUGGGUACAGAGAAGACACCACCCUACUCGAGCUCCACUCACAUAGAAUGAUCGUUAGGGUUUCCUACUGCGGUUCGAAGCAGUAUGCUUCAUAAGAGCAAGCUUUACUGGAGAAUCUCUGAACGCAAUUCCAUGUGGCCCCAGUGACGAAGGGUAGAUGAUGUUGGUGAUGUAUUUGGAGGUGAAGGAGUGUGACACAAUCGCGCAUGGAACUGCGGGUGCGCUCAUUUCUCAAGUUUCUGUUCAGCCAGAUGAUAUUUCAGAUUGUGGAUGCUUCCGUCGAAGCAGUUUCAGAGGAUCUGCUGCGAAACGUAGAACGCAAGAGAAUGCACUGAAUUACAGGAAUACUGAGAAAUCACAGGGACGUAGAGAAG